AUGAACGCAUUCGGUGACAUGUCACCUACCUUGGACCCGACUCAACUCGCUGCUGGACACGCUCCACCCACGCCUCCGCACGAAAAUGCACUCGACGAUAUUUACGGUUCGGCGCCCGCUUCACCCACCCUCACAGCGAACGUCCCUCAUGUACGCGCUCACGAAAUACUAUCCGACCUCCCGUCGCGUCAACGAGCGCUCGACACAGAUGCAUACCGAGAGGGUCUGGCAAACAGCAAAGGCCAAUACGUGCAAGAAGGAUUCGAUGAAGGCUACUCUCUCGGUGCCAACCUAGGCCUACGCGUCGGCUACAUACUAGGAGUUCUACAAGGCUUUGUCGCGGCCUGGAGGGGUCAUGAUGAGCAAGUCCACAAGGAAGUCGCACAAGUCUUUGAUUCUGCGCGUAAAGAGCUCGCCAUCGAGGAGUUGCUAGGCCGCCAGUGGGUAGACGAAGAGGGUAUAUGGAAGUGGGGUGUUGUAGGAAAUGACGACGACCCUACAUUCAGGGAGGUCUCGGACCAGCAUCCUGUAGUGAAGAAGUGGAUGGGCCUGGUUGAGGACCUGGCGAAGAGAUGGGACGUUGAUCUCAAGGCUGUGGAGAAGAGUCAAGUGCCGCAGGACGAACAAGCAUGA